AUGGCGGAUCAGCGGUCAACGCGAUACUUUAUUGUGAUGAAGUGGGUUGGACUGGCAGUUGGAUGCACGGCUAAGUUUGUUUCAGGAUCAUUAUUUGUCUUCAACUCUUACGAAGAUGCCCUUAAAUCAACAUUCAAUUUCACAGCCAAAGAGGUUCAAUUACAGUCAUCAUUGCUAAGUGUUGGUCUAGGAAUGGGCUUCCUGCCAGGGAUGUUUUAUGAUCGGUUCGGGCCCCAGUGGUGUUCGGGGGUAGGACUGGUUCUAUCCCUGGCGGCGUAUUUACUCCUGUGGAGUACCACUAGAAACAUUUCACUAUAUAGUUCUUAUAGCUGGCUGAUGGCGAUCUAUUUCUUCCUCUGUGGUCUAGGAUCAAUGUUCACCUAUAUAGUCGCUCUCAACACUAACGCCAUCAACUUCCACCCAAAACACCGUGGAAAAAUCGUGGGAAUCCUCAGUGCCUCCUUCGCUGGAAGCCCAUCAGUUUUUUCAGCGCUGUAUUUCCAUGUUAUUGGGAAGGAUGACCCCAAGAGUGCUGACAGUUUCUCAACUCUGAUGUUGGUGUUCGCCGUGUGUUUUGUUGUCAUUGACAUUUUUUGUAUUGCUUUCAUGAGAGUACUACCACAUGACAAGUCAUGUGACAUAACAGUAUUGGAGGCGAGAACAAACGAUAAACAUGUUAUCAACAAAGGCUUUGAUAUUGAAAACGAUAUAAGCAUCACCCAAAAGUCAGGGUCUUCAGAGGAUGAUGACAAUAACAAAUCGUUUGGUGUAGAUUCGGAAGUUCCAAUUGGAGACACAAGCCCCGAUGACAUGUCUAUCUUGUCGAUCUUUGCCAACGUUGACUUCCAGCUUCUGACGUGGGUAUUUACACUUGCGUCUGUAUCUAGUUUGGUUUACACGAUCGCUCUAACACAAACGACAGCAGCACUAGGCCUGGACGGUUAUAACUCAAACAUUGUCCUGAUAAUUCCCAUUACCAACGCCGUCAUCAGUGCCGCCAUCGGAGUGAUUUCUGAUCACUUCCACCAAAAACUACCUCGUCUUGGGAUCCUCGUUGCAGGAAAUAUGACAUUUGUUAUUUGCCAGUGCCUGGUGGUAGGGCUGGGUGACAAGUACCCGGCUCUUGCCACCGCCACAAUGAUUAAUGGAGUGGGACAGGGCAUCCUCUGGUCCAUCGCUCCUGCUGUCAUGAGUGAAAUGUUCAGUGUAAAUAAUCUCGGCCGUAACUGGGGUAUUGCCCUUUUGGUGUCCUUUUUGGUUGGUUUCGGAGCCCAGGAGGCAUUCGGUGCACUAUAUGACGAAGCGAUAUCAAUUCCCGACGAGGUGUACUGCUAUGGAAUGAGUUGUGUUCGUGGCGGACAUGCAGUCAUCCUGGCAAUGGCCAUACUGUCAAUGAUUCUUGGUGUGGCCCUGUAUAUACGAAAGAGAUAG